GUAUUGUGGAAGGGGAGGCCUGAUGUUGUGAAGGUUCGGGCAGGAGAGUACUUGAAUUUAAAGACACCUGAGAGAGAUCCUCGGGUUUACGGGUAUUGGGGAAGAGAGGAUUUCGGAUUUAUGGUUUACAGAUUGAAGCCCUAGGGCCCGGGAGUGGAGCCAGGGUGCGUCCCUGUAUUCUCUUUCGCUGCCCACCUACAGCAGCUUGAUUUACAGCACCACAGAUUAACCUAUACCUCGACUCCUUUAAUUGGGACUCAAGAUGCCAAAGCUGCAAAGAACUGGGUUGCAAUUGGCUAGUUCCUCCCUCAGGUUGGAGAUACAACUGGCUGAGGCUCUCUGGGCCUCGAGAAGCAUUCCCUCACGGGAUUGGUCGCGGCUGCCAAGGACCCGCCUCCUUCGCGCACAGGGUUGAGUAAGGGAUUGUGGGCCCAGAGACCCAGUGCUUUGGCGAACAUGGCGGCGGACCUCGGUCAGAUUCCUGAUGUGGACAUUGAUUCAGAUGGUAUCUUCAAGUACGUGCUGAUUCGAGUCCACUUAGCAGAGCCUUCCGGGGAUCCGGCGAGGGAGUGCAAGGAAAUCGUGCGUGGCUACAAAUGGGCUGAAUACCACGCCCUAAAGUUCAGUGUGGGGCCAACAAGGGCGACUAGGGCAUAUCCUGAGGCCACUCUCCCCACCUCAGCGGACAUCUAUGACAAAGUGUCAGGCGAACUGCAAAAGAAUGGCUAUGACUGCGAGUGCCUAGGCGGCGGGCGCAUCUCCCAUCAGAGCCAGGACAGGAAGAUACACGUGUAUGGCUAUUCUAUGGGUUACGGCCGUGCCCAGCACUCUGUUUCAACUGAGAAGAUCAAAGCCAAGUAUCCUGAUUAUGAGGUCACCUGGGCUGAUGAUGGCUACUGAAGCUCUCCCCACCAGCAUCUAAGUCAGGACUCUGCUCUCCCUGUAUUCUGUCUUGAGGGGCUGGCCCUGUGUUCUCCUUUUGUACCUUGGGCAACACACCACCUGCCAGGCCUUAGAGGCCAGAGCAAUCUGAUCCAUAGGAAUUAAAGUAUUGAUAUGCCUACUA